CCCAGCUCUGUGAUGUGGGCCUGGGCCCCAAUAAAUACUCCCAGAGGGGAUGCCCAGGGCUCAGUAGCCGGAGGACAGCAGUGCAGCUGACAUGGAUAUUCUCUUUCCUCUGAGUGUUAUUGAUACAGAGCUGUGCCCCAGCCCCGUUCCCCAGAUCAUCCAUCUCAUCCUCUUCGUUGGGUUUAGCCUGGUGUUCCUCAUCAUCUUCAGCCCCUACUUUCCCAGGGAGCCGUCCUCAGUGCCUCCCAGAGAGGAGAACAGCGAGAAUGAUAAAGCUGAAGUGGGGAAAUGGCUCAGGAUCGGAAAUAAAUACAUCACCUGGAAAGCUUGCAGAAGUCUCUUGAAAGAACUGGAGAACCUUGAGUUCUACACUUUCCUGUCGAAAAAGUGCCUGAGGAAGCUCCUUGUUGAGGGCAGCUCCCAUCACCUUCCACGCCAAGCCCGCUCGGGGUCAGUGUACAAACGAACAUCUGUGAGGAACCACCGGCCACGUGGGGGGCGUGGGAAAGCUUCUCCCACCAGCUUCCAUGUGUCCCCACGGGCUCCCCCGGCUCCCCUGGCCUCCGCGCCGUCAUCAGUCCCGAAGACCUCUGUAGGGUCCUUUGAGUCUCUGUCAUCCCUGAGCUCCUCCAAGUCACAAGAGCCUUUGUGUCCCCUGAAGCAACCUUCACAGGAGCCACCUGCGAGCACCCUAUCACCAAACACGACCACCUCCGCAGAAUCCUUGGGGCUUCCUUCUAGGGAGACCCCACAUGCGGGCAGGUGGAGGCAGGGACCCCACUUCCCUCAGCUUGGAGGUGCCAACGCUGCUGGACGCACAAGACAUCAAAAUCCCAGACACUCCCAUGGACACCGCACAUCCGACAUCCACGAACAACUCGGAAUCUCCUGAGGACAACUUGGAGGCAUGUCCCCUCAUUCAGGCACUCCACAGAUGCUAGAAACACGUGUUGUAAUGGAUUGGGAGAGGCGGAGAUAGGGUCCAAACCUCCAGUCCCUGGAGCCUGUAAAUCUCCCUGGGAGGCUUGGCCCCCACAGAGACUUCUUCCACAGCGCUGCACACAGAGACCUGCCGCUGCAAAGCAAAGACCUCCCGCAGAGAUCGCAGAGUGUCCGUUCUUCCUUCCUAGAGGAUCUGAACUCACUUAGAAAACUGCCAGCACAGGAGGGAUGACAUCAGCUGUGCCCUCCGCCGGAAAACCCAGAGACUUUGGGUCAUUGUCAACAUUGUCGCUAAAAUGGACUCUGCCAGGGAAGAAGCUCAGGAAUUGUUGCUGUUUUGCAAUGCCAUUCUUUCCUAACAGCACUGCAGAUUCCAUGUUCUCUGCAGUUCCCUGACCCACAGUUUAGAGAAUCAGAAUUUUUUUUUCUUUUUUCUGUUUUAGAUGGGAUCUCACUCUGUUGCUCAG